CGGCGCGCCGGACGGGCGGUGUUCGCGGAGCAAUUGCUGGUUGACGAGGGGCAGCGGUUUGGUGUAUAAACGACGACGUAUGUACGGCGCGAUGAGUUUGACAGCGGCGUCGGCGGCGGCGAUCGACACCGAGUGACGCGCCUCCUCCUUCUCUCCGCCUCUUCCUUCUCCUCCUCCUCCACCUCCUCCUCCGUUACUUGUCGCUGCUCCGGGACUGUCGCGAAUAAAGAGAGCACGAGUGCGACGUUCGACAUGACAGCGAGAGGGAUGCGAGCGAGAAGAGUCCCGUGACGAAAAACCGAUCUCGAGCAAGGCGUCUAGGGUGCAUUAUUAUGGCAGAAUGGACGAACGUAAAUUGCUGCUACCGUUGCUGAUGCUCCUCCUGGCAGGAUGGCAGGGAGCAGUAGCCGUGGUGCCGAUGCGGUACGUCGCCGUGGACGUGGGUAAGGACCUGGAGUUGGCCUGCGCCGAGGAGAAUGCCGUCUCGCGUUCCGAGCAGCCCAGCAUGAUGUGGGUGAGAGAGGGCCGGGAGGACGGGCAGAUCGAGCGGCUGAAAGUCGAACCGAACGGCAUGCUGAAGCUGUCAAACGUCAGCGUGGACGACGCUGGCAAUUACUCGUGCACCUUGGACGACGACCGCGACGCUGUGAAAACUAUGAUCAACGUAACAGUGAGAACGCCUCCUCGAGCCCUGCAGAAUGUCUGGGUCAAGCCAUCCACGAUAUUGGCCAACAUACUCUGGGAAGUGGACAACAACGGCGGAUAUCCUAUCAUAGAGUUCACUGCCGAAUAUCGUUUGAAACCAGUGGUGGGCGAAGAGCCGGAAGAGUGGAAGCCCAUUUGGCCGAUACACAUUCCUCCAAAUUCUAGACAGAUAGACGUGUAUCAUUUGGUGCCAAACACUACGUACUCAUUUCGAGUGUGGGCAACCAAUCAGCUGGGAAGAGGAGAGAUCGUGGAAGUCGAGGGCCAUACGCAGUACAGUAUAGAAGAACUGGAGCUCGCCCGACACCUCUUAGCCGGCGUAGAGAAUUUCGAUACGCGCGUCUGGGUGGCAGCUGUAGGUAUUGUGAUGGGCACACUUUUGAUUCUUGGUUUAGGUACAUGUUACCUACUGUAUCGCGAGUGCAAGGCACCCUCGCAGCUGGAGGAGCAGGAGGUGAUUGAGCUCGUCCCCAACAUCAUUUUGAAUCCGGGAUUUUUCGACGAGCGCACCGAGCACGUACCACAGGACGAGAACUUCAACAAUCAGACGACUACGCGCCUCAACAACAACAGCGUCGUGCAACCUAGACGGCUUUAGCGUUUUUUGUUCAGCUUAGAUCUGCUCUGCUCCGAAGUGAGUAAAUUGGACGCAGUUUUCCACGUCAUCUCGAAUGUAAGUAACCGAAUUUAUCGGAAAGGCCUCGAGUUUGUCUAAAAAUGAAGAGGGAAAGACAAUGAUUGACGAAAUCGAUAGACUAAAAAAAACACACACACAAGACUAUUUAGCAAUCAUGGCAAAGGGAGGAUACGCUUCGGGAAAAUUUCGGGGCGUUUCAGCGAUAGCUUGGAGCGGCCCGCUAGUUUUCUCGAUUUUUUUCUUGCAAUCAGAGAUCGAGCGCAAGAACCGGCUUUCAUUCUAAAAGGGUUUCCGCGGAAACCCACGUCUCUUUGACGCGAUUUUAAGAAUUUCAGCGGGACGUUUGUAGAAAGUUGCUAUUAUUCUUGGAAGAUUUACAAACAAUUUCAAGGAUAAAGCGUAAGUAGAUUUUUAUAUAUGCAGUAAUAUAUAUAGAGAGAGAAAGAGGAAUGUAAUUUAGGUAGAUUAAAGCUCACUUUUGAGAGAAUCCGGGAGUUAAAUCUCCCUAUCAAAAUGUUGUAAUAAUGUUAAAAACGAGUCACGCGAUUUCAAACUUGUAGAAACAAACGAGACUGUCGAAACGGAAGGAAUUGAAGACAAAAAACCAGAAUAAAAUAAAGGUUCUCGUUCUCUCGUUCUCGUUCGAUCUCUGAUGUUACAACGCAACAAUGAAGUGUUCAAAAUUCAGAUUGUAAGACUUCAUGUCAAAUUUCUUUGCGAGAGGAGACAAUAGAUUUUUUUAGAGAUGUUUACCGCAGGACGUUCUCUCUCGCAUAUAGUUUCUCGACGAGACACACUCAAUGAUUGCUCAGUAAUCGAGCUUAAAAGCAAAGUGGAACUCCUGUGAGCCAAAAGAAUUGUAGUAAGACUGUAACUCUAAGAGUAUAAUUUAAAAGAAACUCGAAGUGCGAAUCACGCGAUGAUAUCGAACGACGAUACUCAA